CAUUUUUCUACUUAGGUAGAUUUAUCAGAGCCGAUUCUAUCUCGUUUUGAUAUACUUUGUGUAGUAAAGGAUGAAAUAGAUCCUAUGCAAGAUAGGCACUUGGCUAAAUUUGUUGUGAAUUCUCACAUCAAACAUCAUCCGACAAAUGCAGAAAAAACAAUACCUACAGAGGAGAAUGCACGAGAUAUAUCCAUUCCACAAGAUCUUUUAAAGAAGUAUAUAGUUUAUGCAAAACAAAAUGUUCAUCCAAAAUUGACAAAUAUUGAUCAAGACAAAGUAGCAAAGUUGUACAGUCAGUUGAGACAAGAAAGCUUGGCCACUGGAAGUUUACCAAUUACUGUAAGACAUAUAGAAAGUAUUAUACGUAUGUCUGAAGCAAGCGCCAAGAUUCAUUUGCGGGAUCAUGUUCAAGAUACCGAUAUUAAUAUUGCCAUAAGAAUGAUGCUUGAUAGCUUUGUUGAUACGCAAAAAUAUUCAGUAAUGAGAAGCAUGCGACAGACAUUCCAGAAAUAUUUAUCAUAUAAAAAAGAUCACAGUGAACUUUUGUAUUAUAUACUGAGACAAAUUACAUUGGAUACUUUAGCAUUCCAAAGAGCUUUACAUGGAAAUCGCAUUACAACAAUCGAAGUUUCAGAAAGAGAUCUAUUAGAGAGGGUAUGAACAAUUUAUCUCGUU